AUGGCCACUCCCUUCCUCGUCUCCCUCAACCCCUCCUCUCCCUCCGGCCUCCCUCUCGCCCAGAUCGCCUACUUCGGUCGCGUCCUCAUCAAAGUCUCCUCUCUCGCUCAGGCUGAGGAAUUCCUGCGUCAGAACUUUCGUCUUCUCGAUGUCUACGUCGAUGCCACCGAGAUCGCUUCCGCCGGCGACAUUGUCGAUAUCCUCAAUGCCGGUGCCGCCAAAGUCUUCGUGUCCCUCGACCAAUUGACCACCCUCUCCCAAGAGCAAUCCGUUCCCUCGUCACGGCUCGUCGUCUACACCUCAUCGGACAGUCAAGUCAACGCCUUCAAGACCUGGGUGGGUGAGGAUGCCGAGAGAAAGGAUGCGGGUGUUUGCACCGAUUCCUCCGCCGUCAAGGCCCUGGCCGACAAGCUGAGCUUGGACCUGGAGGCUCAGAACCUCUACCGCACCUACUCCAACAACACCACAGCAGUCACCGAAGAGGCGCUGAAGGAAACAUUGAAGCACGGUGCCGUCAGCAUCGUCACCUCCGACGCCCUGACCCUCGAUCACAAGAACCCCGACGGCAAGAUCCCCGCCGCCGCUCUCGUGGCCGCCCGCGCGGUUGCCGACCAGAGCAACGGACUAUACGCGACCUCGGUGACGGAUGAGCGCGGUACAUGUCUGGGCCUCGUCUGGAGCAGCGACGAGAGCAUCGCCGAGGCUCUGCGCACCGGAACCGGCGUCUACCAGAGCCGCAAGCGCGGCCUGUGGUACAAGGGCCAGUCCAGCGGCGACGUGCAGCAGCUGGUUCGUCUGGGUUUCGACUGCGACAGCGAUUGCCUGGUCUUUGUCGUGCGACAGAUCGGCCGCGGCUUCUGCCACCUGGGCACCGCCAGCUGCUUCGGUCCUUACAACGGUCUCUCGCGUCUGCAGAAGACCCUGCAGGCCCGCAAGGCCGACGCCCCCGCCGGCUCCUACACUGCCCGCCUGUUCAACGAGCCCAAGCUGGCGCAGGCGAAGAUCAUGGAGGAGGCCGACGAGCUGUGCCGCGCGACCACCAAGGAGGACAUCGCCUUUGAGGCCGCCGAUCUGCUCUACUUUGCGCUGACCCGCUGCGUCGCGGCCGGCGUCAGCCUGGAAGACAUCGAGCGGAACCUGGAUCUGAAGAGCUUGAAGGUGAAGCGAAGAAAGGGCGAUGCCAAGGGCCCCUGGGCCGAAAAGGCCGGUCUAGCCCCCGCCGAGCAAGCGAAACCCGCGGCCCCGACGGAGACCGCGAAGAGCCAGCCCGUCGCGGCGGUUCCGGAUGACUCUCGCAUGGAGAUGACCCGCGUGUUCACCGCCUCCACGCCCGUUGACGUCGUCAAGGAUUACCUGAAGCGUCCCUCGCAAAAGUCCAACGACGCCAUCGUGGGUCUCGUCCGCCCCAUCAUCCAGGACGUCCGCGAGGGCGGCGACGCCGCCGUGCUCAAGUACACCCACAAGUUCGAAAAGGCCACCUCGCUGACCUCCCCCGUGAUCCGCGCUCCUUUCCCGCCGGAGCUCAUGCAGCUGUCGCCCGAGACCCGCGACGCGAUCGAUGUCAGCUUGGCCAACAUCGAGAAGUUCCACGCCGCCCAGCAAGACAGCACCGCGGUCCUCCAGGUCGAGACCAUGCCCGGUGUCGUCUGCUCGCGGUUCUCCCGUCCCAUUGAGCGGGUCGGUCUCUACAUCCCCGGCGGCACCGCCGUGCUGCCCUCCACUGCCAUGAUGCUGGGUGUCCCCGCCAGGGUGGCGGGCUGCCAGAAGAUCGUCUUUGCCUCCCCGCCCCGUGCCGACGGCAGCAUCUCCCCCGAGAUCGUCUACGUCGCCCACCAGGUCGGCGCGGAGAGCAUUGUUCUUGCCGGAGGUGCCCAGGCAGUGGCCGCCAUGGCGUACGGCACGGAGAGCGUCAGCAAGGUGGACAAGAUCCUGGGUCCCGGCAACCAGUUUGUCACGGCGGCCAAGAUGCUGGUCGCCAACGACACCUCAGCCGGUGUCAGCAUCGACAUGCCGGCGGGCCCCAGUGAGGUGCUGGUGAUCGCGGACCGGGACGCCAACCCGGCCUUUGUGGCAUCGGAUCUGCUGAGCCAGGCCGAGCACGGCGUCGACUCGCAGGUGAUCCUCAUCGCGAUCGAUCUGGACGAGAAGCAGCUCCAGGCGAUCGAGGACGAGGUGGACGCGCAGGCGCGGGCCCUGCCCCGGAUGGACAUUGUACGCGGCUCCCUGGCGCACUCGGUCACCUUUGUGGUGCGGGACCUGGACGAGGCGAUGGCGCUGAGCAACGAUUACGCCCCCGAGCAUCUGAUCCUGCAGGUGCAGAACGCCGAGGCGGUGGUAGAGAAGGUGCAGAACGCCGGCAGUGUGUUUAUCGGCCAGUGGACCCCGGAGAGUGUGGGUGAUUACUCUGCGGGUGUCAACCACUCUUUGCCAACCUACGGCUACGCCAAGCAGUACUCCGGAGUCAACCUAAGCUCGUUCCUCAAGCACAUCACCAGCUCGAACCUGACGGCGGAGGGCCUGCUGGGCCUGUCUCGCACGGUGGAGCAAUUGGCGGCUGUGGAGGGACUGGAUGCGCACAAGCGUGCUGUGAGCAUCAGAGUGGCGGCGAUGAAGCAGAACCCGCGUAACUAG